UUUGGGUAGUGAUGAUAGGAAAAAUUCAUGGCCUUCGAAGCCACUGCUUUUUGACUAACCAAUACGGAAAGCGGAAAGCUAAUCUAAAAAAAAAAAAAAAAAAGGCACAAAUAUCAACAAACAAACAAACCGAAGCGGGAAACUUCGAACGAGAAAACCAUGGACGAUGUUAGGGCAAGCUCUGCUUGGGUCGCCAGCCGCUCUUCUCACGUCGUCGUCGAUUCUUUGGGGGUUGAGAAAGUGGUGGAGAAUAUCGGUUCCAUUCCUCGAGUGAAAUGGGAUUUCGAAGGGAUUCACUAUUUUGAUAAUGGCCCUCUCACCGUUCAGUAUCUCUUGGUCUUGGACGCUUUGAAUUUCUGCUUUUGGCCCGAUGCCGAUCUAAAUUAUGAUCAUUUAGCCUCGGGGCUGAAGGAAGCUCUACAGAAUGACAAGUCUGUUUUCGACGCUGAUCGUUUGCAGAAAUACACUGGUCCUCAGUUACGUAAGCUCUUGAAAUGGCCUAGGCCACUUCCUUUAGAGGACGAACGGGUUCGGUUGCUGCAUGAGGUUGGAUUUGAACUGGAUAGAAGCUUUGAUGGCAAAGCGUCCAAUCUUGUGGAGUCCUGUGGAAAAUCAGCUGCGAGGCUUGUAGCUCUGGUUGCUAGUCACUUCCCCGGUUUCCGAGACCACUCACUCUACAAAGGACAUCAGGUAUUCUUGUACAAAAGAGCUCAAAUAUUUGCUGCAGAUUUAUGGGGUGCAUUCGAGGGUCAAGGAUAUGGAGAAUUUAAUGACAUUGGAUCAAUAACUAUAAUGGCGGACUAUAUUGUCCCAGCUGUUCUUCAGCAGAUUGGCGUGCUGAAAUAUAGUCCAACACUCACCAACAAAAUUGAGGCUGAUAAGGAAAUUGUUCCAGGCAGUGAGGAAGAAGUUGAACUUCGAGCUUGCUCUAUAUAUGCAGUGGAAAAAAUGAGGGAGUUGAUCAGUAUAAAAUCAGGGAAGCAGGUACUUAGCGUGGAGCUAGAUCUUUGGCUUUGGUCUUUCGGCAUUCAGUUUCCAUCUCUGAAACACCAUCGAACACUAUCGAUAUACUAUUGAGUGCACCAAAACAGAGUGCGGUUGUUGCUAUAUGUUCUCCACUAUUAGAUAGGAAAGAACUGGGCAUUUAGUAACAGCAAUGAGAUCUGAUUAUUUUAUACCCUCAUGAAAUGUGUUUUGAAUUUGAUCUUUUUAUCCUUCUC